AUGUCCUACGAGGAGAAGCGCCAGCUGAGCCUGGACAUCAACAAGCUGCCCGGAGACAAACUGGGCCGCGUGGUUCACAUCAUCCAGACCAGGGAGCCGUCCCUGAAGAACUCGAACCCGGACGAGAUCGAGAUCGACUUUGAGACGCUGAAGCCGUCCACGCUGAGAGAGCUGGAGAAGUACGUCUCCAGCUGCCUGAAGAAGAGGAGGAAGAGCCCCUCAGGAGAAAAACCUGUGGAAGCGACAAAGGUGCCGAAGGUGAAGACGGGAUCCUCGUCUUCAGGCAGCAGCGACUCGUCCGACAGCGAAGACUCUGAGAAUGGGCUGGUUCCCAAGCUGCAGAAGAAGAUGCCGACGGUCAAAGGCACCAAGGGCUCCAGUCCUCCUCCCCCCCCCCACACCCGUCCUCCGGCGGUCCAGUCCAAACCGCCCCCCCCUGCCGCGGCCCCGUCUCUGGACGCGUCCGGCUUUGAUCCUCUGGCUCAGUUCAUCAACGCUCACCUGCGAUCCGACGCCGAGCCCGAUCCGACCGCCACCGCCAUGGUCCGGCCUCCUUCACGCUACCGCCCCCCCCAGAGAACCCACUCAGUCCUUCUCCUUGCCCCCGGCACACGGUCUCCAAGGUUGGUUGUUGGAUCAACAUGUUCUUCUUCUCUCUGGUCUUGUUGCAGCGGACCCACAACGCUCUCCCCCCAGCAACCGUCUCGGCCCAGCAGCAGAGCAGCGCCCAUGCCUCCCAAAGCCCUGCAGGCUCCUCCCCCGUCGCUGCUGCCCCCGCCCCCCUCGCCCCAGCUCCAGCCCUCGCUGCCGCUCGCCCCUCCUCCGCCCGUCCCCCGCCCCUGUGUCCCGUCGCCCCCCUCACACGGCUUCCUGGGAACCCUCUCGGCGCAACCGCCGCAAGCCCUGCUGGAGGACGACGAGGAGCUGGCGCCCGCCGCUCCUCAAACCCCGCCCCUCAGUCAGGUCCACACCUUCUUGCAGUCGCUGCAGGCUCGGCCCCCCGUGCAGCCGCCGCCCGCGCUGCCCCGCCCCCAGCUGCCGCAGGCCGUGACCGCGCCCGGCCCGGCCCCGGCUCAGACACACGCCUCAGGCCACGCCCACACGCGCCCCCCGUUCCCUCACGCGGCGGCGCAGCAGCAGAGGGGAGGGGCCCUGCAGCAGUCGCCUCGCAGCAGAGCAGAUUCCUUCUCAGCAGGUGACGCCUCUUUGUGGUCCCGUUGAUUCACUCUUCAGUCAAACAGGAUGUCGUCUCA